UUCAUUAUGACGAACCCAAUCUGUGGAUGUAAUAGGGGCGGGACUUCACCCGGAGAGAGCGCGAACGAUGAAUUUCUUAGCAAUUCCUCCGUCGCCGACGACGAUUUUCAGUUCGCCGCACAAGUUACUGAGCUCCGGCGAGAAAUCAUCUUGCCUCCGACUAGGUAGGGCGGAGGAAUAUCGGAGAGUGACAAUGAGAGGCGGAAGCGAGAACCGGAAGCCGUUGCAGAAGGGGAGGAACCUCAGCAUCGAAGCAAUUCAAGCGGUACAGUCGUUGAAACGAGUCAAGAACGAUCUACAACAAUUGGACCGAGUGUAUGAUUCCAAAAUUAGCCGCUUAUUGAAGUUCGAUAUGAUGGCUGUCCUUCGCGAGCUGCUGCGCCAGAACGAGUGUCUUUUGGCUCUCAAGGUUUUUGAAGAUGUUAGAAAUGAACACUGGUACAAACCUCAGGUCUCGCUGUAUGCUGAUAUUAUCACAGUAUUGGCUAGCAAUGGAUUAUUCGAACAAGUACAAAUUAUUCAUUCCUACUUGAAAGUAGAAACUGACUUAGCGCCUGAAAUUGACGGUUUUAACGCUCUUUUGAGGGCUUUGGUUAGUUAUAAUUUAGGUGAGCUUGCGAUGGAGUCCUAUUACUUGAUGAAAAAAGUGGGUUGCGAGCCAGAUAAGACUUCUUUCAGGAUAGUCAUAAAAGGAUUGGAAUCAACGGUAGAGGCAGUUGAUUUAAGAAUUGUGAAGCAGGAUGCACAAAAGAUUUAUGGUGAUUUACUUGAGUUUCUAGAGGAAGAGGAUGAGGCAGCUAUAGCCACUUCUAUGCGCUGAGCUGCAGAAUCUAGAUCCCAAUCAUGGAAGCCAAUAUAUGCACAGAUUGAACUUGUGGCUAGAUGUAGUUCGUCUGGGUUUCCUUUGAAGAAACCUGAAGAGACCAAGAAAGUUGCCUUGAACAUGAAUUUAUGCACACAUGGCAGUGAAAUAUUUGUGCUUCCCAUGCUGCUGGGAUCCAAAUAUUUCACGCAAUUGGUACUGUCGUUAGUCUAUGCAGAGAGAGCUGUACAUCUUGCAAUGCAACAUACUUUAGCCUUCUGUUGUGAGUAUGAGAAUUUCAUUAAGUCCACCGAAGAUGGAAAUAUAAGGAAAAUAACUGCAUUAUAAUGCUAGGUGCAUGAUACUGGGUUUCUUUUUCCUUCCACAGUGGGCAUAAUUAUAUGUAGAAUACAAGGACAAAACCGGGUUCUGUAGAGCUACAUUGCUUUUGUAAAACUAUACAUAGUUCAGAUGAAAAAUGCAGGCUCUAUGCGACUGCUAAUUUUGUGCAGUCUAA